AUGUCUGCAAAACAGCAGCCAACAAACAACCACGCUUUGGCGUUAUUAGCCCUGAAAUCGGCCCCGGCCAGCCCGUCAAGAGCAAUAUGGGGCCCAGAGACAAACGGUGAAGCCAUCGCUCGUUUGGAAGGCAGAGACUUCGAGUUUACCAUGAGAAAGCCACGCAUCACGAUCGGCCGAAACAGCAGCAAAGGGGACGUUGAUGUCAACAUGGGACACUCAAGUUUCAUUUCUAGAGUCCAUCUGGAAAUCUUUUCGGAACAUCCAAAUUUCUUUAUGAAGUGCAAUGGAAAAAAUGGAGUGUUUAUAGACGGGAUUUUUCAAAGAAAAGGGGCGCCGCCUUUGCAGCUUCCAAGAACGUGUAUUUUACGAUUCCCAAGCACAAACAUCAAAAUUCAGUUCCAGUCUUUAAUUGAUGAAGCAGUUGCACCUCCACCACCAGUUGCUGUGACAACUCCUAGAAAGAAGACACCUGUACAAUCUCUGAGGAUUAGCAUACCUGAGUUGCAGGACAUGGGGCACUGCAGUCCUUGUCCCUCUCCAACAGAAACCAUAAGUGCUGCCAACUCCUGCCCCACAAGUCCACGCAGUGGCUCAGCCUAUAAUUCAAGAUUCAGCCUCAUCCCGGAGCUGGCUGUUGCUGCCUAUACAGCUGCUCAUCCACGGGACAGCAGCACAGUGCCUUCAGUGGCCACACCUUCAGGGGACAUGCCUAGAGACGAGUCCAAGCCUCCAUACUCAUACGCUCAGCUGAUUGUCCAGGCAAUCACCUCCGCUCCAGACAGACAGCUAACUCUCAGUGGUAUUUAUGCCUACAUCACCAAGAACUAUCCCUACUACAGAACUGCUGAUAAGGGGUGGCAGAAUUCAAUCCGACAUAACUUAUCAUUGAAUCGAUACUUCAUCAAAGUUCCCCGGUCGCAAGAAGAGCCUGGUAAAGGUUCUUUCUGGCGUAUUGACCCAGCGUCUGAGGCUAAAUUAACAGCUCAGGCAUUCAGACGCCGGCGUCAGCGAGGCGUGGCUUGUUUCAGGCCACCUUAUGAUGGAUUAUCUUCCAGGUCUGCCCCGGCUAGUCCCAGUCACAUGGCAGGGUCCUUCACACCAGACAGCUUGUCUCGAGAUGGCAGUCCUGUACCUGAGACCGGAAUGGAGACUGAGGUGUCUCAAUCGUCAUCAACCCAGAUUGUUCUUCAGCAGGGACAGCUGCAGCAUGCCCACCCGAGUCUGGCAGAUCUACGUUUUUCCCAGUCGGCUCCUGGAUCUCCUUCUGGUUCUCGUGUAAUGUCCCCUGUGACGGUCACUUCCACAACUGUGCAGGCCGCAGUCCAUCAGCUGCCCACAGUGAUAAGCAAGCCCAAGAUAUUUAUGACCACACCUAGCCAGGUCCUAAUCAAUGGUCCUUCCCUGAAGCCAGUUACAAAUGGCACUCACUUUGAGAUCAAAAGAGAAAAUGGAGAAGCUGUGAGUCUGGGUUUAACUGGCAUGCCACAGAAAUUUUCCUCGCUGGUAACGACAGCCAGUCAGCCUCAGUUCCAGGGCCAAGCCCUCCAUCCCGUGACACUGGUCAGGAACUCACAUGGUACUCAGCAAGUUGUGGUGACCACGGGCUCCAGUGGAGAAUCUGGCCAGUUGACCCUUAUCCCACAGUCUGUCCAGCUGCUUCACCAGUCCUCACCUGGUGGUCAGUCAGGUCAAGCUAGUGUCAUCCACAGGGCCCUUACUCCUCAGUCAUCUCAGUCUGUGCAUCUAAUCCAGCAACCGACGUUCCAGCAGGUGAUUCUGCAGAGGUCAGCUGGCUCUGAUCAGCAGCUUCAGCAUGGGAAAGAUAGUUGGAAUUCUCAAGAGAACAAAGCCACACUUCAUGUUCUGGUUCCACAGACUCUCAGUGGUGUAGGCAAAAGAGAGACGGACGAUGGAGGUUAUGAAUCUGAUGGUGUCGGCACCAAGAGGCUGAAAAUUGAAGACGAGGAUGACAUGUCAGUCAUCGAAGGGCAUGAGUGA